AUGGCGUCGACUCCGCAGAUCCUCUGCGAACUUUCCUUAAAGAUUCUGGCCCCUCUAGCUGCAAUUGGUUUUCUUGUCGUCCUUACCAUCCUGCUCUCUCUGGCAAUCUCCCAGAAUGCGUCGAUCCCCAAAGUCCGCCAAAGGGGCACGCCCGUUCACAUCCUUGUCGUGCUAGGUAGCGGUGGCCACACAGCUGAGAUGCUCUACAUGUUGGAGAAUACUUUCAAAUCCUCCAUCUACACCUACCGAACCUACGUCGUGAGCUCCGGAGAUGCCCUCAGCGCUCAAAAGGCCGUUGAAUUCGAAGAUACAUUUGCGCGAAAGGAAGAGAGCGACAAUAACGCGAAGGACUACAAUAUUGUCACCAUUCCCCGGGCACGACGGGUACAUCAGUCAUACUUGACCGCACCCUAUUCUACACUCCGGUGCUUCUGGGCUUGCCUUCUCGUUCUGGGAGGACGACACCCAGCCCAGCGCCGACUUCCUGCGCAGUUUCAAUCCUCUCACCCUGAUAUCAUUAUUACCAAUGGCCCUGCCGUCGCUGUGUGCAUGUUACUCGCAGCGAAGCUUAUUCGAUCCUUCAUCUUUGUCUCCCGCUGGGCCGCUGGCCGCGGCUCCAAGCCGGACAUAUCGAGGCUGCGGACUGUUUAUGUAGAAUCGUGGGCACGUGUCCGGACAUUAAGCACCUCUGGAUUUUUACUUCUUCCUGUUGCCGACAAAUUCCUCGUUCAAUGGCCUACUCUGGCUGGACGCCGCGCGUGGUGGGGAAUGAAGAAAACAGAAUACUGUGGCUGGGUUGUUGUUUGA